ACUGACCUGUGAAACUAUUCAAAGAGCAAACCAAAAUGGAGGGCAGUUCUAUACUCCAUGCUUUCACUAACAUUUAUUUUGCCAUUUUUGCUUUGUUUUGCUUCAAGCUUUUAAUUAAGAUUUCCUUGGCUUUGCUGACCCAUUUCUAUAUUGUUAAAGGCAACAGAAAGGAGGCUGCCAGGAUAGCAGAAGAGAUCUAUGGAAUAGUCCCAGGCAGCUGGGCAGACCGGUCCGCUCUUCAUGAUGCUGCCUUCCAGGGACGCCUCCUCUCUUUGAAAACCUUGAUUGCACAGGGUUUCAACGUGAACCUGGUGACAACAGAUCAUGUGUCGGCCCUCCACGAGGCCUGCCUGGGUGGCCACGUUGCCUGUGCAAAGGUGCUGCUGGAGAACGGUGCCCAGGUCAAUGCAGUCACCAUUGAUGGGAUCACUCCUCUGUUUAAUGCCUGCUGCAGUGGCAGUGUGGCCUGUGUCAACAUGCUGCUUGAAUUUGGAGCCAAUCCACAGCUCAGGAACUACCUCGCUUCACCCAUUCACGAAGCAGUCAAGAGAGGUCACAGGGAAUGCAUGGAGAUUCUUCUGGCCCAUGAGGUGGACAUUGACCAAGAAGACCUACAACUUGGGACCCCGCUGUAUGUGGCCUGCAUGUACCAGAGGACAGACUGUGUCAAGAAGCUUUUGGAGCUAGGAGCCAACGUUAAUGUGGGGAAGCGAUUAGACACCCCCCUUCAUGCAGCAGCAAGGAAAUCCAGCGUGGAGAUAGUCGUCUUGCUGACAGACUAUGGUGCUAACCCAAAAUGCAGAAAUGCUGAAUUCAAGUGUGCCCUGGAUCUUGCCAUACCCAACAGCAAAGUAGAGCAGGCACUUCGGCUUCGGGAAGGUCCAGCCAGCCUUGCCCAGCUGUGCCGGUUGUGUAUCAGAAAGCAUCUGGGUCGGUCAUGCCUAUAUACAGUCCAUAAGCUACACCUACCUGAGCCACUUGAGAACUUUCUCCUUUAUCGUUAAGUUGGUGACUAUCUUUAAAAAAAGAGGAACAAGUGGUUGUUUACUCCAAAAUGAUAUCAAAGAGACAACCAAAGACAUCACUUACUGUCUACUGUGCAUACCAAAUAUCAGCUGCUAUGUGAUAGUGCAAAUUGAAAACACCAUUUUACAGACAGUGAAUGGUCUUAUGGAUACAGUUCCCUCACAGUCUAUUGUCACAUCCACUCAUGCCAGUCUGAGAAGUCGUAUUACGUGAAAAGCUCCCUUGGCAUGAUGCACAUGCUCACAUCCACCCUCCCGCAGAGUCAUACUGAGAGAUUUCCCCUGCCUUUAGUGUCAUAUUUAUUCUGGUAUUAUUUGUGCAUCUUCUUCCUCUUGUCUAUCCAGUCUCACUGUCAAAAUCAGUGUAGUGGCUGUUAUUCUUCCACUAGGGUGAGAAUGAAAGCCUUCAGUGCCCAACAUCAGCCAUAUUUAAUAUAUUGCAAGUCAUUUGCCUACUUUAACUUUACAACCUCCACCUGUUUCCCAUGGUCUAGUGGAGCUGUGGCAACUUCCAACAGAUUCUGGCUGGCCAGUCACUGUACGUCCCCUUGUCCUAAGCCCAGCUUCCCCCAGUGCUAACACAUCUUGUCCUCUGAAGUGCAAGUGAUGUUAUUAAGGCAGGUGUGGGGGUUUUGAGUCAGCAUACAAAAAUGUGUGACAGUCUUAAAAAACCUGUCAUCUCUUCUAAAAAAAAAUAAUUAAAAAAAUUCCUACUAAGCUAUAUCCCCUGAGAUCUGAUUGUAUUUGUUAAGUGAAUAAUUUUUCUUAGCUGAAUUCCAGGGCAGAACUGCAAAUAUUUUCACAGGCACAGUAGGUCAGCUUUCAAUGUUUGUCCUUUGCAAGGUUUAUAAAUAAGCAAAGGAAUGAGUUGCUGUUCUUCUUUUGGGCUUUAUGUGCUUUGAUGUUUCUCAAGAUAAGUCCUUGGACUGCAGAGCAAGAGAGAAGCAGGGCUCCUAAGGAUGGUUGAGGUUCACUAGAAUGUUCUCUUUGAUGGAUAUUAGUCACCAGAAGGGGCACUUUGCAGGCGUGUCUGCUCCCUUAUCCCUACUGUGGAGACUUCAUCACCUUCCUGUGAGAAGGGAUUUUUAGAGUGUAAUUACUUUGUCCAUUGUGGUAUUAGUUUAAAUAUUGUAAGGGCUAGUAGCUUGGAAACAGUAGAGCUAAAAAUGUGCACCUCUUUGAGUUGAGAAAUGUGGGAUUCAGUGACUGGUGCAAUGCCUGUGUGGUUCUGUAAAGGUCUUUUUUUUUUCUGUAUUUUUCCUUGUAGGUUGUUCUGAAGGGAGAAAUGUUUAUUCAAACCUAAUUUUUAUAAGCUUCUGCCAUAAGAUGGUAAAUGGUGUUUCACUACUUGCAGUAAAUAGAAAGUAGAGGUAAAAGGAGAGUCUGUCUCCGCUUAGCUUAACUUCAGAGGUCCGAGAGACUGAUGACACAUUUGCAGGCUAGAAGAUGAAGUAGUUGGUUAUGAGCUAUGCAUGAUGGUACCAGUUUUCAUUACCCACCCAUCUCGAGUCAGAGGGAACUGGCUUGCUGGAGCCUGACUAACAGGAGCCUGACUUCCAGCAGCUUUUGAACUUCUCUCCCUGCUCCUGCAGCACCACCUUCUCCAGUUGGAUGCUAAUCCCUGAAUUUCACCAUGACAGUUUCCCUCUCUGUGACACAGGUCUAAAAUUCCCCAUACUUUUCUUACCAUUAAUUCAGCACAAAUAAGAUAAAUUAUGCUCUCAACAGUCCAUGAGACUGGCCCUGCAAUGUUACUACCAAAAAUUGAUGUAGUUUUAAGCCCACAUUUGCACGUAUUGAAUUCUACCCAACAGCAAGAACUAUUGCCCAUAAAGUUGUCAGUAACAUGAAUGACCUUGUAUAAUACAGUAUAUAAUGAAUCUCAGAGUUGAACUCUAAAUUCUCAAGAGCCUCUGAAAAUCAAAUACUAUCAAGAGAGAAAUAUCUAUAUUAAUCUGAUGUCAGCAGAUCUUAGCUUUCCUGCCAACUCACCUGCUCUGUUUAUAAGGUGGCAGUCAGAGGACCAUCUGCUAUCUAGAGAGACAGAGCCUCAGCUGUGUGGGUUGUCAGACUUGGAUUGCAAUUAAGGAGCUAUGGCAAUUUAUGGGAUCUAUUUCAAAAUGUGUAAUGCAGAAUUGAUUUCCUACUGCAAUCAGCAAUGAAAGCAGUAUUUCACUUGCACAGGAUUUUAAAUUGAAAAAAUAUAUCUUUAUUAAGGAAAUGCAGGGUUUGUUCAACCUCUCUGAAAGGUUUAUGCCAGGAAACAGCAGAAGUUGCCCUAUAUUUAUUGCUGAUAUUAGCUUCCCAUAAAAAAAUCACCUCAUCUUAGCUUCCUCCUGCAGACAUAAUUCUUCCUGAAAUUCUGUAUCUCAGAGAGUCUAGAGGGAACAGAGCCUUAAUAAAUUGGAAUAGAAGCUCAGAAAUCCUGGCAUUGACAUUUCAUUAGAAACUCUACCUAAACCUUUUUGCUCUUAUCUCAAAAGAUUAAGUUACUUAUUUAAUUUUCAUUGGCUAUGUUUUUUGUUGUAACAACACAUAGAAAUAUUACUGAGGAAAUAGCUGGAGGAGGUAUUAAAUUUUUUUGCAAAUAUGCCUGCUCAUGUGAGGAUAGGGGAGGACUGGGGCAGUUUUCUGGGAGACUAUAGAAUCUUGUUAGUGAUUUUUCAGAAUGAGUUUGAAAAACAUCUAUCAGAUGGGGUACAGCUGUUUUUCCUCAGGCAGGAGACAGGCUAACUAAUCUCAAAAUGUCACUUUCCCUCAAAAUGAGUGGCCUCUUCUCUGUCAUUCUAUGAUCAUUGACAGAAAUCAGUUAUUUGGGUAAAAUAUGGUUUACCUGGGAAUACAGACAUUUUUCUGUGCUGCAAUAUCCAUUGCUAUACCACAUCCAUGUGACUUCACAAUUAACAACUGCCCAUACUAUCUGCCUCAGUGAAAAGUACUGCAUAAAUCAAAAGGAAUAAUUAUACAAUAUCCUGACCAUUGAAAACGUAUUUCUGAACCACAGACACUUCCUGAUACUGAAUACAGACCCUGAUUCGCAACAUAAAGUACAAGCAAGCUUGGACUAUGGAUGUUUGCUCACCAUAAAGUCCUUGGUCCUGAGUGUUUUGUUCAGAAGUGGCUUAAAUAGGUUACUGAUGUGCCAUAAAAACCCAGAAGACUCUCUUUUAUAGUUCUCAACCUGUUGAGCCACUUUUCAGUUUUCUUAUCUACCCGUUAUGACAGAUCCAGUAUGGACUCAGAAAUGCCAGAGAUGAGGACCUCACAGAUCUCAAUCUAAUCAGAUGGUGACUUGAAGCCACCAUUCAUUACCUGGUGUAUCUCUAUCUUUACUCAUGAUCCAAAGCAAAAGAAAAUUAAAUGGGCAUUGUAUCAGCUCAGACUUUAUCUUUAAAACAAGCAAUCUUUGUAUCAACAUUCUCUCUACCAGUAUAUGCAUUCCCAUGACUCCAAACACCUCUGAUUUUUUUUGUUAUUUUUUUUUUUCCCACUGUACCUUUUCUCACACCGCUAAGCUUGUGUUCAUAAACAUGUCUUUCCUGAUCAACUUUCUCCUGGAUUCCCAUAUUUCUCCUCUGUCACUAAGAAAAUGGUUUUUAGUUUUCUCCUGGAGAAGUCUACCUCUUCAACAGCCAAAAUCUUACCAAGGUCAACCUUUCUCCUUGUCAUCUGUGUUAUUUCUAUUGCUCACCAGGCAGCUGUGUUGCUCCCUCACACACCUUCUUCUCCUAACCUGCACAUCUCAGCCCUUCCUAGCCCUGGUGGAGGGCACUGGUGUUCAGAGAGCAGUCCUCCCUAUGGCAUGUAUCCUGCUCACAGGCUCCUCAGCUGGUGUGUCCUUGUGUGGGAGGACUGUACUGGUCACCAUGUUCAUGCAGAUCUGAAACAAGGCAUUUUGCAGUUCUGGAUGCUGUCUGGGGUAAGUCCAGGCAAAGUCCCCGUGCUUGCUGGCCGCUGGCUGCACAUAAACGGUUUUCUCUCUGAUCACAGCAGAAGACAUGAGGCUCUUCUUCAGUUUGUGUGAGUUUAUAGAAACAGUCAUGGCUGUGCUCUUCUUGUUGUCCCCUUCUUCCUAGUUCAGCACCCUGGCUCAAAACCUGGCUCCACAGGUUUCCUUGUAGCUUGAGAGCUCUUUUUCCCAGAGGCUCAUGUGCAAGCAGUCUGGCCAAUCGGCUACCUCCUCAGGGAUGUAAAACAGUGAAAAUAAAUAGAUCAAUAUAUUUUGAAAGGGUUUAAAGAACAACGCUUCUCAUGGUAGGUAUGAAAAGAAAAAUUACUUUCUAAUUUGGCUUCUAAAAGAUCCCUGUUUUGGUCCUCUAACCAACCUAUUAGCUUCAAGCUGCUUCUAGGAAAUCCUCGCUCAGUUUUUCAUAGCAGAUGUCCCUGAUUUUCUGGCUGUGCAACUGCAUCUCUAGUUCACAGAGUGAAAAUGAAAAGGCGGGUAAAUGCUAAGCAGGGGAAACUUGAGAUCAUACUGUAGGAACCGAAAUUCCCCAUGUCUGCCUUCAGGUGCACCUUCCUGGGAGGAUGCAGGCUCUGAGGAAGGCUGUCCAUCCCUCUGUCCAUCUGCAUGCUCCUUCUUCUUGUGUGGGGCCAUGCCUGUACCACGUUGGAUGGGGAGCUGGGAGCUCAUCUCCUCCCAACUCUGUCGUCCCUCACGGAACUCAAGCCUUGCCCACAUCCACCUCAUGGCAUUUAGACUUCUUCUCACCCUCCAUACUAGAAACUAAUGCUGUGCUCCCCUGUGCCACCCCUGGUGAAGGGAGGCAGCCCCUCUCUGUUCCAUUUGCCGUGUCCUCUGCUUGCGGUCUGCUCUGCAGGGCGAGAGGCUUGGGGGCUGCCUGAUACAUUUCUGGCCCAAACCUGAUCUCUGUCUCCUGCAGUGCAACCCUGCUCUUGGCACUUAUCAGACCUCCAGUCCUUAUUGGGUUGAAAAAUCUUGUAAUAUGUCCCAGCAGGGCAUUAGGGCAAGACUAAUGAAAAUUAAACACAUUCACUGUUUUUUACCAAAAAAUCUGGCUGGCCUAUAUGCUGGUCUGACAGUUCAGGAUGCCUUUGUGUCUUUUUUUUUUUUUCAGAAAUUAACUUUUUUCAUAUGCCAAUUGCUCCUCACUGUGAUUUUUUUAAUGUUCUGCAAGACACGUAUUGUAUGUUAAUGUCAAAUAUAGAUUAAUUCACACAGAC